AGGCUGAUGUGGCAGAGGAGAGUGUGACCUGUCCGUUUAGGUUGCUGAGCUGGAGGGGAUACUAAAAGUCGAAGGACAAAUCGAUCCCUCACCCACAAAACAACGUCGUCCCCUUCCCUGAGCCCAUUUCACAUAAUGUUAUUCCCAUAACACCCAGAAGCCACGCCUGUAAUUACUGAAAACCCUACCUGAAGACAAACAGUUUCUUUCUCCCUCAAAAAAAAAAGAACGUCAUCAACUCGUUGAGAAGGUCUUGUGUGCUCAGUGGGCGUUGCGGGUGGCGAAGGAUUUGACAGGCUUCGUCUUGCAAGAAGCUGCCUUCUGCUACAGAGAUGGUUGAUAUAUAUGCCGUACUUGUUUUUUACCAUGGAGGUCAUUUUGGUAGAGGACCCAGUGGCACUCUUGAGUAUAUUGGUGGGAAGGUUGAAAAAUUUUCAGAGAUGGAUUUGGACUUUGUGAAUUUUGGAGAUUUGGUUACACUAUUCAAAGGUCUGGGCUACGCAACAUACAGGGUAGUCUAUUGGUAUGACCCAACCAGUAAUGAUCUUGAGUCUGGAUUGCACAUACUGAGAGGGGAUGCUGGAAUCAAUGAAAUGCGAGAGAACAAAUUGAGGAAUUCAAAUAUCAACGAGUUCUAUAUUUACUUCGAUCACCCUGUUGAUGAGCCACAGAUUGUGGAAGAAGAAGCUGCUGCAGAACAGGGGCCGGAAGAAUUUGAUGAGGCAGUUGAUGUGGACAGUAUCAUGCGGGAGCUUCAGUCAUCACCAUCGACAGCAGGGGAUGGGAAUGGUAGUGGGGAGGACGAGUUGUAUGAACCUACUCCGAAUGGCACUGAAACUGGUUCUGAUGAUGACUCCUCUAGCUGUGAUGAGGAGAAUGAUCUUAUGAAGAAAAGAAGCACUGUGAAAGGAAAGGAGAAAGUGAUGCCAAGAAGAAGGGUCACUGUCAAGGAAGGGCCAGGGACAGAGUCAAGUGGGAACAAGAGAGGUGCUGGGAGAAAGACUGCAGGUGUGCCUAGUGGCAAAGGUACCAUGCCAGCUGCCAAGCCCAAAGGAAGUGUUCCUCAUCACAAGCCCCAAAAAACUGGUGCUGCUGUGCAUGCUGAAGAAGAUGUUCCAUCUGUGCAGCCCAAUGACAGGCCUCCAAUAGGGCUCUAUGUGAAUGAGGAGGAAUCAGAUGAUGAUGACCCGAUUUAUGAGUAUGCAUCUGAGGACCUUCACACACCAGUAAAUCCUCAGAGGAUGAGGGAGACAAACAUGAAUUUUCAGUGUUUAAUGAAGACUAUGGAUUUGGAGAGGGGAGAUUUGAGGUGGAUACCAAGUUUGCAACCAUAGAUGGCUUCAAA